AUGGCGGCCGCCGGGCGGGCUGGGGCUGCUGCCGCGCUCUUCCUGUUCCUCCUCUGCGCUGCCGCGGGCCCCGCGCGGUGCUGGGACCAGCUGGGGAGGGUUCUGCUGCGGGAGGUGCAGGCGCUCACUCUCCACAGAGGUCAGUACACGACAUCCCGGCGGACAGCUGCAGUCCCUCAGUUACAGUGCACAGGAGGCGCUGCUGGAUGUUCCCAUGUCCCUGAGGUUGUUCAGUGUUACAACAAAGGUUGGGAUGGCUAUGAUGUACAGUGGCAGUGCAAAGCAGACUUGGAAAAUACCUACCGUUUUGGACGAAUCGAAGUGAGCUGUGAAGGUUACGAUUAUCCAGAUGAUCCUUACAUCUUAAGAGGCUCCUGUAGCUUGCUGUUCAGACUGGAGCUGACUGAGGAAGGUGAAAGGAAAGUGAAGAACUCUGGAAGCUUUGGCUCUAGUUAUUACCAGUCAAGGAAGGAUUCUUCUGAUUCUGGUGCUGGAGCGAUUGUUAUAAUUGUUCUUCUGGUUCUUGCUUUUGGUGUAUACAAGCUCUUCCUCAGUAACCAGCAGCCUCAGCAGAGUUUUGGUGACAGUGAUGGAUUCACUAGGCCUUCCUGGCAGAGUCAGCAGGCACCUCCUCCUCCUCCGCCUGGUUUUAAGUCCAGCUUCACAGAAGGCAACAGCUUUGGGACUCAUUCCCAUCAUGGAACGAAUUCAGGACCAGGAUUUUGGACUGGAUUAGGAGCAGGAGGCUUGCUAGGCUACUUGGCUGGCAGUCACAGAGCACAGCCACGUUCCCCAUAUUACAGUAUGUGGACAGAUCCCACAGCUGCACCUCCGAUGAAUGGGCAGUCAAGCAAUUACACACAAGGCAGCAGUUCAGGAACCAGAACUGCUUCUGGCUUUGGGGGCACAAAAAGAAGAUGAAAUCCUUGACAUUAUUACAUCUGAGUGAUUGAACUAAAUCUUCCUGUGUACUAGUACCUUUUUUAAUUAGCAGUAGGCCUCAGAAGUGGAUAUGAAAAGAGGUGUGAAGGACUAGGCAAAGAAUUCCUCUCUUUUCCUGUGGAAAUGUGGACUCUCCUUCUUGUUUAGGGUAUCAUAGGUGCUGGAACAUCUGCUAUUUCAAAACAGCGGCUUCUCGUAAGAUACAAAAUAAACUCAUCCAAGUUAAGAAGAAUGAUGUUACAGUGCCUCUAUAUCUGUCUAUACUUGAGGGAUUGUGGCAAUGGUAGCAUUACCAGAUUUUUCAAAGCAAGUAGCUUACUCAUGUUAUGGGCUUAAUUUCAUUUAAUCCAGAAUUUCUGAGUUUUUUUUUUCUUGGUGGUCCAGCAUCUGAAAGACCUAGUGUGUAAUCCACCUGAUAUCUAAGAGGUGCUGCUCUUUGAAGCUACUUUUGUUUGUCUUUGUAAAAUUCAUGUGAACAUUACUGUAAAUGCAGUCAGCUACGCAGAUGAGUGUUGGGGUUUUUCCUUAGUGGAAAAGAGCAGAACUAUAUAUGUAUAGAGACUAACAUUAAUAUAAUCUUUGUGUCUGUGCUAUGUGACUAUUGGAGCCAAAAUUUGCAGAUUCGAGGACAUUCCAUGUUUUAGGGUUUAUCCAAGUGGCUGUGCAAACCUGGGGGAUUUUGUGUAUAAAUUGUGGUGGGGAAAAAAAAUAAAUAACCUGAAAUGAGACAAGACUUCUCUAAUUUCGACCUUUUUCUGGAAGACUAAGGUCAUGUAAAUUCAAGUGGCUACAGACACUUUGCCCAUAUUCAGGCUCCAAACUUUUCUUUUUACGGUGAAUGUUAGCAAUGCUGUGAAAACUUCUGAUGUAAACGGUCUGUCCUGCUAGAUGAACUCUCCAGGACACAGUAAACCAAAGGUGCUCAUUGCAGAAGGGAAGGGAGCAUUCUUAAUCCAAAGCUGGUAGUAUCUCUAGAACAUAGCAGGCCUUGAGACUAAGCAAAGGAAGGAAAUUGAAUGUCUAAUGGGAUGUAAACUUUCCCAAAUGUACUUUUUAAAAACAAAGUGCUGUCAAAGAGUGGGAAGCAGAGAGGCCUUGCUUUGUUCUGUGAUGGUAUUUUGGGGCUCUGAGAAGUGUCAUAUGAUUCUUGUGUGAUGGACUGUGCCCAGGGAGAGGCAUUGCUGAAAAAACCCAGAAAUUUCUCAGAAUUAGGAGGGGAGGGGAGAGGGGAAGAGUGAAAAAUGGGCUGCUUGACCACCAGGUCUUCUCCAGAGGCCAUCCUAAUACAGCUUAGAAGCGUGUGUCUGUGUGUGCAGCUUUUCUAUGGUGGCAGCAGUCUAAGAAGCAUAGCUUUCAUCCUUGUGAAAAUACUGUGUCUGGGAAUUGAUGUAAACUCUUACAGCAAAAGCAGAGCACUGUUUUGCUGAUAAAAGCUGCAUCUCCACAAGGAGAUUUAGCAGGUAUGGUUAGUCUAGGAAAGUGACUUCAGUGUUACUCAUCAUAAAGAAACUAUGUCCAUUCAUGAGUCCAGAAAUAAUUGGCUCAAAUGAUAAUGCCUGAGUUUGAUGUCUGGCUUAAGCAACAACAACAAAAAAAAGAAAUCUUUAAGAUCAACCUAGAAAGGGAAAUGGCAUAGACCUUACUAUUGGCCUGUUAGAAAGUUUUACCUUUUAUGAGGAAAAGUAUGUGAUAAAUCUUUAUCUUUUUGAUCAAAUACAGCAAAAUAAUGUGUUUUACAUGUGGAAUUUUUACUUAUUUCUAAGUGUAUUCAGACUGAAACUUGUCACAGUCAAUACUCUCUUUGCCAACUAAUUAGAUAACAAUUAAACUGGAUUUUUGCUAACUGGGUAUUUUGAAGCUGAAGUUUGCUCUCAAAUUAUGGUGUGUUAUGAAAUGUUUUAGGCAAUUUUUUCAUUUGUAUUUAUAGUUUCUGCAUGAAAUGUGAUUUGAUGCAUGAACCUGAUGAAUUACCAUAGUUUCUGAAUUUGUUUGUAGGAUAUUUUUGCCCUUCCCUUUGAUAAAGUAAUGAAAUAAGUGAAUAAGGAGUUCUUAUGUCUUUAAAGCAGUAUCUUGAGGCCUGCAGGGAUGGCACUGUCUGUUUUUCAGUGGUGGCUAUGUCUCAUCCACUUCACGGGUGGUGUAAUAACAUCCUUUACCCCCAGACGCAGAGCUGGUAAGCUGUAUAUUGUUUCAACAAAAUAAAACAAU